UAGUGCGCAAUUCCCAUUUGUUACAUUUAAUAGUUUAUAGUCAACCGAUAUUUAUCAUUUUGCUCGCAGUCUUUGUAUUUGUAACUGGCGAAACAAUAUCGAGUUAAAUUAUUACUUUUUUUUAAAAAAUGCUGCGGCCGGUGCUAUGUUUUUUUCUCGUUUGCUAUUUAAGCGUAUUAGCCACAACAUCAACACUGAGAAUCGUUCCAAAGGAUCCUUUGUCGGACGAGUUUAUCAACCACAUAAAUUCUAUACAAAAUACAUGGAAGGCCGGACGAAAUUUCCAUCCAGACACACCUAUGUCGUACCUUAGAAGGUUAAUGGGUGUGCGCCAAGAAAACCAUAGUCAAGAAACACUAGAACGAUUGAUAAGUUACAGUGAACAAAGCGAUUUGCCAGAAAAUUUCGAUUCUAGAGAAAAUUGGCCGAACUGUCCAACAAUUAAAGAAGUCCGGGAUCAAGGGUCGUGCGGAUCUUGUUGGGCUUUUGGAGCAGUGGAAGCUAUGUCCGAUCGUGUUUGUAUACAUUCCAACGGAACAAAGAAUUUCCGUUUUUCUGCUGAAAACUUAGUGUCUUGCUGUACGUCUUGUGGCUUUGGCUGCAACGGUGGUUUUCCUGGUGCAGCAUGGCGCUAUUGGAAAACUAAAGGCAUUGUCAGCGGAGGCCCUUAUAAUUCUCAUCUGGGUUGUAUUCCAUAUGAAAUUGCACCGUGUGAGCAUCAUGUAAACGGAACAAGAGGGCCUUGUAAAGAAGGAGGGAAGACUCCUAAAUGUACUAAGAAAUGUGAAGAUGGGUAUAAAUUAUCUUACGCUGAGGAUUUACAUCGAGGUAAAUUGGUAUACUCCAUUGGAAAUGAUGUUGAUGAAAUAAGACAGGAAAUUUUUAACAAUGGACCAGUAGAAGGUGCGUUUACUGUAUAUGAAGACUUUGUAGCGUACAAAUCAGGAGUUUAUAAGCAUGUCGCCGGCAAUGCACUUGGAGGACAUGCCAUUAGAAUACUCGGAUGGGGUGUAGAAAAUGGUACUCCCUACUGGUUGGUAGCCAAUUCAUGGAAUUCAGAUUGGGGCGAUAACGGUUUCUUCAAAAUAUUGAGAGGAAACGAUGAAUGUGGCAUUGAAUCGCAAAUUAAUUCUGGAAUACCAGCCUAAAAAAUGUAUUUAAAUAUAUACCAUACUAUUGAUGUGUAAAAUAAUAUUUGAUUUAAAAUUUUCUGUGAAUCAUUUUAUGUCGUCUCAACUGUAGAUAUAUUUAGUACCAUAUAAAUACCACCAAAUAACUAAAGCUUUUAACUGAUCAAAAUAUACUAACUAACUUAAACUGUUUAA